AUUUCGUCUGCCUCGAAUCUUUCGCCUCACUUACAUAAAUCCAGCAUUUGCAAAACCAAAAUUAAUCCACAGCACAAGCUUCUAUCCGAUCACAAUACGAGAGACAAAGAAUACCCAAUCAGCCACAAUGUGCAUCCAGACUAAGACCUUGCAAUCCUCCAACAAUGAAGCCGCCCAGGUUGACAAGAAAGUUGCCAAGGAAGAACUGAAAAUUUGUGAAGAACAUGAUCCUGUCACAGGAAAGUUUCUCAACUACAAGGGAGUUCAUCGGCCUAUGGGAAACUUUACCAAAGAAGAGUACAAAGCCUUCUACGACUUUUGGUUGUCCUUCUGGAAGAACUCAUUCAUUGGGAGGGGUAUUCCGGACAUUUACAGCCGUGAAGGCAAGGAACAGUUCAGGGCCCGUUCCAAUGCACUUGGCGACGUCGCUGUUGCUUGCUCCCUUGCCCUGAUCAUUGAAACUGCCUUCAAGUUCUCGAUAUUGCAGAUUUCCGUUGCUGCCAUUGCAGGCUUCUACCUUGCAGGACUCAUGUUUGGCGUGGUCCAUAUGGCCUUCCAUGCGCGAAUGCUGGACUACCAUUGGACUAGCAGCGAAUUUGCUGCUUAUGUAUUUCCUUAUGGACACCACCGAAGCCAUAACUACAUUGAUGUAUUUGCCGGUCAAUUUUUGAUCCAUCUGUUUCCAUCAUGUCGCCGUGAGGGCCGCAUGUGGGACGAAUUUAUCAAGUAUGGUCUCAUCUCAUACUGGUGUUACCAAAGCAGUCAAACCAGGCUCUUGAUGGGUUGGUUCCUCCUCUCCUGGUUCAUGGAGGCAGCUGGGCAUCAUCAUAGUCAUGGCCUGAACAAAUACCUCCCCCCACUGGUGCGAUUCAUCAUUCAGUAUGUAUUCGCCCCGCUCGGCCUACUCCCUGGACAUGAGCACCACAAGUUUCACCAUGACUACAGUCAAGAAACUCGCUUUUGCAACUUCAUGGAUCUCGCCGUUCCUGGUUUGGAUUUCGUGCUAAACAAUGUUUGGGACUACUGCUACCACAAAUACUACCAAAGUGGGGAGCUUCAUGACUCGGGCAUUUCCAUUCCUGGCACAUGGACCACACACACUCUCUACUUGACUGCCUUGGCUUGUGUUUGGUUAGCUUGCUAUGCUGUUGGUCUCGGUGCUACAACAUUCUGCAUUCUCAUGCUUUUCUAUGUUCACGUUCUGGAUCCCUUGCGAAUACUCGAAGGGUUCGUCAUUAGAGUGUACCCAGCACUGAAGCGGUUGGGAUUCUUUGGUGGUGGUGGUGUCGAGAGCAAGCCCUCCACCAAAGACGCUUGAGAACCUGUCGACCAUCCUUUUGUCAGCAUUGGUGGUGUCUGUGCGGUACGGUACGAUGUACUUCGUGCAUGACAGGCAUUGGCACCAGUUGUUGCUAUAUAUAUAUAAGGAUCUAUUAGUGGCUCAGUAAUUAAUUAAUAGCUCUGCAUUGCUGGA